UGUCGCUCCGCCUCCUUGAGCCUCGCCCCCUGCGUCCUUCUCAGGUCCCUGCGCCCCCGGCCCGGCCGGCCCUCCUCAAUCCCCUACGCCCCCGGCCCGGUCCCCCGGCAGGAUGGGGGACAACACCAGCCCCAUCAGCGUGAUUCUGGUGAGCUCGGGGAGCAGGGGCAAUAAGCUGCUGUUCAGGUACCCCUUCCAGAGAAGCCAGGAGCACCCGGCGUCCCAGACAAAUAAGCCACGGAGCAGAUAUGCUGUUAACAACACGGGCGAUCAUGCUGACGACCAGGAUGGGGACUCCAGUGAGCCAUGUCCUCCAACCGAUGAACAGUUGGCUGCAGGGUUUUCCGAUGUUAUUCUGGCAACAAUUUUGGCAACCAAGUCUGAAAUGUGUGGUCAAAAAUUUGAACUGAAGAUUGAUAACGUGCGGUUUGUUGGGCAUCCGACACUGCUGCAGCAUGCUCUGGGGCAGGUCUCCAAAACAGACCCUUCUCCAAAGAGGGAAGCACCUACCAUGAUUCUUUUUAAUGUGGUAUUUGCAUUGAGGGCCAACGCUGAUCCAUCGGUGAUAAACUGUCUGCACAACCUGUCACGGCGCAUCGCCACUGUGCUGCAGCAUGAGGAACGCCGCUGCCAGUACCUCACUCGGGAGGCCAAGUUGAUCCUGGCGCUCCAGGAUGAGGUGUCUGCCAUGGCAGAUGCAAAUGAAGGUCCUCAGUCCCCGUUCCAUCACAUCCUGCCCAAGUGCAAGCUAGCCAGGGACCUCAAGGAAGCUUAUGACAGCCUGUGCACGUCUGGUGUGGUGCGCCUCCACAUCAACAGCUGGCUGGAGGUGAGCUUCUGCCUGCCCCACAAGAUCCACUAUGCUGCCUCGAGCCUGAUCCCCCCAGAGGCCAUUGAGCGGAGCCUGAAAGCCAUCCGCCCAUACCACGCCCUACUGCUGCUCAGUGAUGAGAAGUCCCUGCUUGGUGAGCUCCCUGUCGACUGCUCUCCGGCUCUGGUGCGGGUGAUCAAGACCACGUCUGCUGUGAAGAACCUGCAGCAGCUAGCCCAGGAUGCCGACCUGGCCUUGCUGCAGGUUUUCCAGCUGGCGGCUCACCUGGUGUACUGGGGCAAGGCCAUCAUCAUCUACCCACUGUGUGAGAACAACGUCUACAUGCUGUCCCCAAACGCCAGCGUGUGUCUGUACUCGCCGCUGGCUGAACAGUUCUCCUGCCAGUUUCCGUCCCACGACCUGCCAUCCAUCCUUGCCAAGUUCUCCUUGCCCAUCUCCUUGUCAGAAUUUAGGAAUCCUCUGGCCCCCCCUGUGCAGGAGACCCAGCUCAUCCAGAUGGUGGUGUGGAUGCUGCAGCACCGGCUCCUCAUCCAGCUGCACACCUAUGUUUGUCUGAUGGCCUCACCCAGCGAGGAGGAGUCCCGCCUGCGAGAGGAUGACGUUCCCUUCACUGCCCGGGUUGGGGGCCGCAGCCUCAGCACGCCCAACGCCCUCAGCUUUGGUUCCCCAACCAGCAGUGACGACAUGACCCUCACCAGCCCCAGCAUGGACAAUUCCAGUGCAGAGCUGCUCCCCAGUGGGGACUCGCCGCUGAGCAAGAGGAUGACAGAGAGUCUGCUGGCCAGCCUGUCAGAGCAUGAGCGGGCAGCCAUCCUCAGCGUGCCUGCGGCCCAGAAUCCUGAGGACCUCCGCAUGUUUGCCAGGCUCCUUCACUACUUCCGCGGCCACCACCACCUGGAGGAGAUCAUGUACAAUGAGAACACGCGGCGUUCCCAGCUGCUUAUGCUUUUCGACAAGUUCCGCAGUGUGCUGGUGGUGACCACCCACGAGGAUCCCAUCAUUGCCAUCUUCCAGGCAUUGCUCACAUGAGCUGGGGAACAGAGAGGCUGAGGGGUGCGUGGGUAAGCACCAGUCUCGCCCCACUCUGAGGCUCCCUUCCUGCAGGGCCUGAGCCUCUUAGUCCUGAGGCCUGGCAUUGGUGGAUGGGCAGCCUUGCUUGAGUGAAGGCCUGCAGAGCCCCCACCUCCUUGCUGCAGAUGGUUCAGUCUGGCUCAGCAGCUGCGAUGGGGCUGCGGGCCUCUGCCUUUCCUCUUCCAUCAAUCCACACAACAGCCUCAGUGCUGCUGAGCUGCAGGGGCCUUCAAGCACCCUCGGGGUCUCCGGGUGAGGACUGUGUCCUUCCCACAUGCAUGCAGGUUGUGCAUCUCUCAGAACCCCCCUCCUGACCCUGCCCAUGCUUCUCGGCCUACACUCUGUGUAACUGUCCCAGAUGGCAUACAAAAACACUUAAGCCCAUCUGUGCCCCUCCAGUGACUGUUAAUGUGUGAGGUCCAACAAGUACCUGGCCUGUUCUGCCCCCCUCCCCACAAUGGUACUAAGCCACCAGCAGGCUUAUAGUCCAGCUGUCGCCCUGUCCUGACCGUCUGAGGCACGACCCCCUGCACAGGACCCCCCCUUGGGGCAUCUGCACACAGACUGGUGAUCCUCCCUCAGCAUCCAUACUGGGCUCCCAGCCCUCCUGUCCUGGAGGAAGAGCUGCUCCAGACACAUGCUGACCACCUGGGGGGCUCUGGCUGAGACAUGGACAACAGUUUUCUAGAAAUAAAGCAUUUAUUUGGUUUUUAAA